AUGGCCGACCGAUUUCCGUCGAUCGAAGACAUUGACGCCGGUGAAACAGAUAUUGGAGCCAAUCCCGCCGCUCAAGGCAGUCUGGAGGAGCGCGAGAGGGCCCUUCUAGGAGACGAUGCAGAGCUCUUUGCUACCAACGAUAGGCCCGGAGCAGCGACGGUCGAGGAUGGCGAUGAUCUGCUAGGCGGUGACGAUGGAGACUUCAUAUCUGCGCCGGCCGAGCCAUCAGGGGAAGCGCAGAAUGAGUUGGACGACUUCGAGAGCUCCUUUCCCGCAAUUGACACACGAAACGAGAACGUCGGUCCCGGCGGCACGAUCACAGACUCGGCCACUCCUUUCCACGGCACCACCCCCGGCUACUCGAACUACACUGCCCCUCCAGAAGAAGAAGAAGAGACCGAGCCGAUCCGAGAAUGGCGAGCCAAAAGAGACGCAGAUAUCGCCCGACGCGACGAGGCUUCUGCCCGCAAGAAGGAAGAGACCAUCGCGACUGCCCGAAAGGACAUCGAUGCCUUCUACGAAUCUUACAAUCGCAAAGUCGACAAGCAGAAAGCUCAAACUGCCAAAGAGGCCGAGGAAUUCCUGGCUAAGAGAGAGGAUACCACGGCCGGAGGUACCAGUUGGGAGCGCAUUGCCAAGCUGGUCGAUUUGAGCGGCAAAGGUAAAUCAGGAGGCGGAGACGGAUCCUCGAAAAAGAUUAUGCGGGAUCUGUUGCUGAAUCUGAAGGGAGACAAGGACGCUCCUGGUGCAGGUGGCAUCUGA